AUGUGGACACAGCAGCAUGCACAGUUUGCCGGCUGUUUGCAUCAACAAAUUCGAGAGUUUGUCUUCCUCAGAUCGCAGGAGCCUUUGAACCGCAUGUCCCUGCCUGAGAAAGCCGGUGUGUUGGAUCCCAGAGACCACUUGAAAGGCAAGCACCUCCGAGCCUUUGAGCGCAUGCCCUGGGAGAUUCCCCAUGAUGUUCCCCCUGAACCUCCAACAAAAGGUUGUUUCAAGGUUGACCCCAACGACAUCCCCAUGGUCUAUCGUAAACUUUUAGAGUCCGGUGUCGCCACCUUGAUACCAGCUGAAAUGGCUUUGAGGAAUGCGCAGGGACAAAUCGUCUCGGGAGGGUCAGUGAAGAACUCUACUGGGUUGCACUUUGUGUACCUCUCAUGCAUGCGAAUGCGCGCUGGCCGAUUAGCCGAAGAGUGUCGGCCACCGACGCGUCGAGUAGCGGAGGAGGUUAGACUGGGCCAGUGGCAGCCUGGCCCCUCCCAGUCAAAUGCAGCAAGCGCCCGCAGAGCUAGAAAGGCUCAUGGUAAUGAAUUCUACGAGUCCCGUAAGCGUAGGUACAGUUUCGCCUAUCGCAAGCGGUUAGUGCGCGGGGCACUUGAGCUCAAGACUUGUCUGCGCACGAAGCACCUGCCUUGGCAACUGAUUCUCAAAGGUCGAUCAAAAGCUGUGGAUGACAUAUUGGAGAAAUUUGUGACAGAAAGACAUGAGCUGAAACGGCAUAGCAAGGGCAGCCUCGCUCUGGUGAAACAUGCGGUGCUUUUUUGCCAAGUCUGCCGCCCACGAUUGCGGCAUCGCUUGAAACAGACCUGGGCGACAUUGAAGGCCUGGGAAGAGCAGGAGCCGGGAAAAUUGAGACCUCCACUGCCGAUAGCAGUCCUGAUGGGGCUGGUGUGUCAAGCCCGUAUUCGGUCCCAGCUCGCCAGCUCUGCACAUGAUGAACUCAAAUGGCUAGUCUUCAGCGCACUUGUUCUGGUAGCCUAUUUUGGGCUCUUAAGGCCUGGAGAACUCUUUGCCUUGCGAAGAAAAGACGUUGAGCUGCCAAACCAUGUGCGACGCUUUAAGCGUGCAGUUGUGGGAGGAGGUCGGUUGAAGGGUUCGAGAUACUCUGACUUGGCUGAAGCUGAGAUCCGUAGAUGUGCAAAAAGCUAUCGAGGUGACGCAAGAUUUGGCCAGUAUUGCCGACAGUGGGUAGCAAUCCACUCCUCAGCCACUCCAGCUCUUACAAUAGAUCCAGAUCAUGAAAAGAGGACAGAAAUGAGUGAAACCCACGGACUGCAGCUUGUCAGCGGGCUUCGAUGGGGUUUGACCUUGAUUUGGCGGUUUUAUGCAUGGAUGCUGCGAUUUGCAAGAGGAAGAAAAGCUGUUGCAGUCAUUUUGCUGCUAAUGGUGGCCUACUUGGCCAGCCGCCCUGCCUUUUCAGUCUUGUGCUCGAAGCCGGUGAUUCUGACAGCGCGAGAGUCUUUACGCAGAUGCUUCUGUGUGCUUUCUUUGCUGGUGGAUGGUUUGCUGGAAGAAGCAGUGGCUCAAAUAGAUUCCUUGUUGCGAAGUCCCCAGCCUGCGGCACGAGAGGUGCCUGUGGCCCAGACAGCACAACCGACAGAGACCACACACUGGUAUCUUCUUCACUGGCUGUUGCAUGGUCUCUGUUUGAUUUUUGGACGGCUCCGUCGUAGGACUCCGUAG